UAUUAAUUUUCGGUAACUAGAGAAGAAAAGACACAGUAUUUUCGCUAAACGGGUCAGACGGCGAACGAACAACGCUGGUUUACUUCGAAUAAGUGACAAAUAAGCUCAGAGUUAGUGAAAAGGACUGUUAUACUUCUUGUGUGAUUCGUGUGUUGCGUGAAAAACUGGUCCGGCUGUUUGGAAAACUUGACAAAAAAAAUUAUGCAAAUCCCUUCCUCAAAAGGGAGCGAAGAAACCGAAAAAACGCUUUGGUUUUUUUUUGCUGCUAAAAUCAUCCCGCUUUACUGCCGUGUGCGUGUAUUUAUGGUACUUAUAUGUGAAAGUUUUGUUCAAAUUUGUAGUUUAUAGACCCAUUAUCUGUUGCCAUUCGACAAGUGUGAAGUGAUUAUUUUAAGUACAAAUCGUUUGUUCCUGUGAACUCUGCGGAAGGAAGAAAGCGCUUAGGAUAUUUUUAGUCACAGUGGAAAAGUCUCUCCGUGUCAGCUAGACUUGCCUGAGAAAUCAAUCUCUCAUCGAAGCCGCACUUGUUCGGAAUCGUUGGGAGGAAGAAACUGCCACUGUGGCCGUGUGGUGGCAGCAGGAUAACCCUCGGAGCACUGGUGCUAGUGGACGAUGCCAAUGUUGUCUCAAUUUCAAAUGAACUUUCGUGCGUUCCUAGUGCUUGCAUCGAAAAUAUGGACCUGUAUCUGCUAUAUGUUCAACCGGCAGGUUAGAGCGUUUGUACAGCAUCAACCGGUGAAAUAUGAAUUGUUCCCGCUCUCGCCGGUUUCCCGGCACCGACUUGGGAUGGUUCAGCGCAAAACGUUGGUACUGGACCUGGACGAGACGCUGAUCCACUCGCAUCACGACGCGAUGCCACGGAACACGGUGAAACCCGGCACGCCACAUGACUUCACCGUCAAAGUCACCAUCGACCGGCAUCCGGUGCGGUUUUUCGUGCACAAGCGGCCGCACGUGGACUACUUUUUGGACAUUGUAUCGCAAUGGUACGAUCUAGUCGUUUUUACCGCCAGUAUGGAAAUUUACGGCGCUGCUGUCGCCGAUAAGCUGGACAAUGGACGAAACAUCCUGAAACGCCGUUACUACAGGCAGCACUGUACGCCGGACUUUGGUUCGUACACGAAAGACCUGUCGGCGAUAUGCGGCGAUCUGAAUAGAAUAUUCAUCAUAGACAAUUCACCCGGUGCGUAUCGAUGUUUCCCGAACAAUGCAAUACCAAUCAAGUCCUGGUUCUCAGACCCGAUGGACAUAUGUUUGCUGUCACUGUUACCUCUACUAGAUGCGCUAAGGUUUACCAACGACGUACGAUCUGUGCUCUCGCGAAAUCUACACCUACAUCGUUUGUGGUAGCAGAAUUUAAGUAACAUUUUAUGGUGCGCUGUGAGACUUCUAAAAUCUUACAAAUAUUCGUUUAUUUUAUUCUAAAGUUACAACGUACAGUCGGUAAGGCGAACGGGAAUCGUCAUCGCGUAAAACAAACCUGAGCUAAACUAAAGAAAACAAUAGAGAGGGUAAGCGAAGAUAAGAUAACUAAACAUUAUCUACUGCUAUCUUAGUAGAUCACGAAUGGGUAGUAUAUUUUGUAAAAUAAGUGUAAGUUAUAUCUUAGAAAACACGCCUAUGUUUCUUUUAACAUUACGAUCAUUUCAUAAUCAAUUUACCUAAUCUUCAGGAGUCUGAUGUAGUUCUUCCUAUGUACUAUUUGUUUUUCCUAGAGUUGAUUUUGGAUGCUUUAAACAAGUUUAUAACAUUACGUCAUACUUCUAUUCGGAUGAUAUACGUUUUCAAAAAGACAAAUUACGGUUAGGAUUGUGGGCACGAUAUAAAAUUGUAGUACUAGAAUCAUCGAGGCACUGAUUUACUGAAUGUGUGAAUGUCAUUGACAUUAUUAUUUGUUAAAUCAUCUGAGUGAUUGUAGAGCAGAGAAAAAUAAAAAUCGAUGGCAGUAAAUUGAUUUACAUAGAUGAUUACAGUAUCUUCACUCACCUUCAAAUAGAUUUAAAAUGAAAGCAAAAGGAUGACAUAUAAAAAUUUACGUGGCAGUAGACAAACGAUACAUUUCUCAAUAUGUCCAUAACUUGAACCAGAUUAUAGUUUCCUUGGUUAUAAAGAUUUUAGAAACCUUAACGUGUUGGUCGACUUUUAUUGAACACAGUGGAAAACUAAUUGGCAUUUCUAAGAAUCCUAGCUUUAUUAGAGUAAAUAGCGUUUGCUUUCAGUAGAAAGAAAACAACAAUAUUCUGGUUUAAAAAUCAUAACGUGUUUAAAGUGUAUCGGUUUUACGCUGCCAUCGUGUGAAAUCUGAAAUAGGAACCUACAUUUUUUUAGAAAAUAGGUUAGACCAAGUCACCCAUCUGUGCAAAAAUAAGGAACAUUGAGUUACCUGAGUGGACAAAGUAGAAAUGUUUCAUUUCUUUUCAGAAGUCCAACAAUUAUCCACCCACAAAAAUAUACUCAAUCGUCAUUUUUAAAAGUAUGUAAUUGUGUAGAUUACGUUUCGGAUACCAAAUAACCAUAACAACUCUUCCAAAAGAUAACGAUUUCCUUCAUUCUGGUAUCAGUACAAUACACAAACACGGAGACAAUGGCUAUCUCGUCUCACGAUUGCAAUUUAAUAAAAAUCAGUUGGUUGUGCACUGACAUAAUUGAAAAAGUAUCAUUAAACUUUCAGCGUGUAGGCACAAAUAGUGAUACUUUCCUAAAUCAAUAUUAACUAUUAUAACUGAGUCUUAUAACUUUGAAAUUUCGAACUUAAAGCCAACAUGGCUGCCUAAAUGAAUGACGGGCUGUUUUUCAUCACAUCGAAUUAGGUUUUUUUUGGUACGAAAUCGGGCAACAGAACUCGAUUUCUACAGUACUCGUCGCACUUAGUCAUGUUACUGAGCAAGCCUCAUACAUUUUGUAUUUUGCACCGACUUUAAAUUUGUAUUGCUAAAAUGUUUGAUUGAAUUAAAAUUCCUUUUUUUCAAUAAAAGAGGUUGUGGGAAUAUGGUACCCAAAUUAUGUUACACUGGAUUUGGUGUAUUAAAAAUCAUUCAUUGAAAAAAAAAAGAAAAAAAUCUUAUAAAUGGGAAACAUUUUUAUCUCAAAGCAAUAUUUAAAUUUGUUUCGUGAAAGCUAAGUCAUUACAAAAUGAACUCAUGAUAGGUAGUUUUCUCUCGUGACGUUGAGAAGAUUUGUUUCCCUGUUGUCUCAUAAGUCUUUUCAGAAGCCUUUUCAAAUCAGCUGACUGAUAAAUAUUUUGACAGUUUUAAUAUGGAGAUUAUAGUCCCGUAUUAGCACCGGUCCGGUCCUUCACCGAUGUAAACAAAUGCAUAGACGGAUCUGUCACAUGAAAAGGCCUAUACCGGUCAUGGUACUUAGCAGUCCUGAUCAUUGAUGCAGAACAUUUGGGUAUUUUGAAAACACGAAUCCAAUUUUAUAUUUUUUCCAAAUUCGGAAAACGUUGCGACAUAGAUUAAUAUGAAAAUUCCGUGAUGAGGUCCAAUAUUUCCAACCAUGAAUUUUCAUUGUCCCUAAUUAUACAAAAAAACGUUCAGCUUUUUUUUAUCAUAAAAUGAUAAAUUCUGCAGUAAGAUCUAUUCAUAUAAUAUGCCAUCAUCGCUUUAAAAGCAUAACAUGUUCUGUAUUAUCCACGGAACGUUUUCGAUAUCUGCAAGAAGCAGUAUUUUUGUUUUGCAUUAUUUUGAUGCAUAGGGUGAAUAACCUCUGAAGUUAGCUAACUAAUCAGAAUCAAUUCAAGAGGCUAUUUAAUUACAGAAAUCACAAAGAAUUUACUAAACUAUCGAUAGCAAAUUCAAAAUGUUUCAAUCAUGUCAUUCAUAAUCAGCACUAAGCAAAACUGUGCUCAUCAAAAAAUUCUUCCUUUCAGAACAGAAAAAAAUGGUUGCGGCACCAAAUUUUGCUCAAAGAAGCUAUAGGUAGAGCUAGAUUUUCGAUCAUUUUGAACAGCCAUUCUGAUAACUAGUGCAGGAUAUGUCUACUAUGUACUGUCAGAAAUACAUUACGUCAACACGUUGGAAAAGAACUGGGUGCUGCAAUUAAUUACACACAUUUUUUUCAGUUGGCGUAUACCCUAACCAUUGUAGAGAUUUGUUGGUUUCAGUUUCCAAUGUAAUACUAUUAGUUCAUCAAAUAAUGAUGUAAAAGCUUGUCCUUAAAGGUUGUGUUCAAUAGUUUUUUUUAGCUAAACUUCCCAUAUACAAGUCUUCGUCAAAAGUUUUCUGUUUUACAAAUACCAUGGUUAAUAAAUUAUGCUAACAUACGAAAUGUCUCACUGUUGAAGUUAUCAUCACCUUUUUCUUUAAACCCAUUUUUCUAUCUAAUCACUUACCGUCUUGCAACACACCUUGCUAAUGAUAAUUGGUAAAAAAAUGACAAAUUCUCUUGUUAGAUGUAAGUGAACAAAUGAUGAGGAGUAAUUGAGGAAAAUGUUGUUUGACUACACAAACAACGAGGCAUUGUUUUGCUAUGAAAGUACAUUGAAAAUAUGAAACAUUAUAAUAAAGUUAAAAAAUUCGUCAAAAAUGAGCAAUUGGCGUUUUCACCAGAAUUCAAGAGUAAACGAAAGAAUAGUGACGAUAAAACAAAAAAAAAUAGACAAACUCCAGAGAAGAAAACUACCGACUAUCAUAAAAUAUUACUCACAAAUGUCAUACCACUUCAUAGUACCGAAAGAAAUAUGUAUACAAAUUAAGGAAACAACUUAGAAAAACAACAUGCACUCUUACACAAUUCGUUAUACAUUUUUCUAUGAGUGAUUAGGUAUUAACUUGUAAAUAUAGAUUGAUAGAAUGAUCAUGUGAAAGCGAAAACAAAAUCAAUGCCCAAAUGAAAUAUAAUAAUAAAAAUAUGAACACAGUGGA